CUUGUGCCAAUGGCCUCGGGUGUGCCUGCUCACCAGACACCCAAUCCUGCAAGACAGCCAUUAAAGCCUUGCUCUGCUGUUCUCUUUGUCUCUGUAUCCAUUUACUGAGUUUGGACCAGUGAGUGUGUUUCUCGCACCAUCAGAAUGGAUGCUGAGUAAGCCAUAUAAUAGAUAACCAUUAGACUAGUCUACCCCAUUGGGCCACUGGAUGGUCCAAGGAGGUUGUAUGGUUGAAUGUGUUUAAAAAUUCCAAAUGAAUGAAUGUGAAAGGUGGUAUUGAUGAUGAAGUUGCCUGGAACAGUUUUACUUACACUUCUGAUAGGAGAGCUCCUACACAUCUCUCAUUAGUCAUUCAAUCAGCACCUUGUGAAUGGACCUCUGUUAUGCUGAUUAUACUGUUUGCUAAUUAUUUGUUUAUAUGUUUGUCUCCCAGUUCUCCUAUAACAUACCCCUCUAAUUCAGGGUUCCUCCACAGCUAGAAUCCACUUGUGUUCCACAAUGCCCAAGGCACAGGGUGGGCAUCAGAUGACUAGACUUGCUAAAUGAAAGUAGGGUAAAGUCUCAAUGACUCUCAGUGCCCUGCCUCCCACCAAUUUCCACUCCCCCUCCGCCACUUUCCAAUGCCUUUGGGAGUCAUUAUUGGAAAGACAUCAGCCAAAUCCCAGGGAGUUCUGCAGACUUGAGGGUAGGAGGGGUCACACCAGAUUAUGUUGUUUAUAGAAAUGUAUCUCUUAAUGACUGGGAAACAGUGCAAAGCAUCAUUUUAUUUGUGGAACUCAAAUCAAAUCACCAAGAAGCAAAGACCUAAGUAGGAGGAAGUUCAGCAGAUAAUUGACUAAACAGAGCUGUCUUCUCAUCCUGUUUGAUUCUAAGGUUAAAAAACAAACAAAACAAAACAGCUGUGUUUUGCAAUCAGUCCCCAAUCUAAAUACAUAAAUGAAUUUCUGCCCCAGAAACACCAAUGCCCCAGUUUAACUGAUGCUGAAAACUCUGCCUAUAUUGGAGAGACACAGCUGAUGUACAGUGGACGUAGCUAAUGGAAGGGAGUAGAAGUCAGUGCAAGAGACAUAAAUGGAGGGACAUCAAAGAGAGACCAAAAGGUACCUGGAAGAGUAAGAGAUCUUCUGGAGAGGGUGUCCAAGUGCCUGGCUUGCUUGGGAAGCUCCACCUGUGCAUUUCCUGGGUGGGUCCUUAUUUACUGAACCAUUGUUAUAUUCCAGAUGUUGUGGUAAGCACUUUUAGUACAUUAUCUCAUUUUAAUUCUCAAAACAACCUUGCAAAUUCAGUUUGGUACCCCUGCCUGUUCAUAGGUAAACUAAAGGUCAGAAAGUUGCAUACAGCUAGGAAUGAUGCCAGGAUUUGAAUACCUGCAUACUUGAUUUGACUCAAGGCUUCUGCUUUGAGUCCUUAACUAUCUUUACAAAACUACUUUGAGGUGCCUAUUAUUUCCUCUAUGCUAAAAAUGAGGUGACUGAGGCCCCUGGGUGACCAAAUGACACAGACAGUAAAUGUCAGAGCCAAACCAGAUCCGUCUGACUCCAAAAUCUGUGCCUUCCAGGUAGAGGAAGACAAAAAGCCAGAGGUCAGGAACAUACCACAGAGCCCCUGCAUGUCAGGCCUUAUUACCCUUUCCUAGGACAUUGUUCCCUUUUUUCCCAUCCACCCCCAACCUCCCCACUUAGGCCCCCCCCCCCCCCAAGAAUCUUCCUUGCAUUGUCUCUCCCUCAAUGUGGCCGCUGGGCCGAAACUGGGACUAGGAGUUUGGGGGAGGCUUUAAGACAACCCUUCCCCCAAGAUUACCCCAGGAAAGGAACAGCCAGCACACCCCCAGCCUGGGGGCUCCCAUCAACAUAUAUCUGAACAAGACCUGUGCAUAAGACUUAAAUUGCUUUGAUCAGGAGCCUGCCACACUGGGUUCAAAUCCAGCCCAGAGAUUGACCAAUAACAGCAGCUCUCGUUUUAAAAACUAUCUAUUCUGGGACAGACAUUUCACUAGGGGUUUCCUCCAUAUUUUUAAAAAAUGUAAUCUCUCUACCCUCCAUGAUUGAUCCUCUUUUACCAAAGAGGAUCAGUAAGGCUCCCGGAGGGGAAGCGACCAGCGUCAGAACAGCCAGUCAUCAGGAGCCUGGGACCUCGAACCCACCCAGGCCCCUGAUUCUGCUGUUGCCUAGGAGCCGAGGAGGGAGGAGCUGCCAGAGCAGAGGGAGGAGGGGAAAGAGAGAGGGCGAGCUCUAGGCAGCGCGCGCUGACGACAGCAGGUGAUUUUUUCUGCAGCGCGCUUUCUCGCAGCAUCUUUCCUGGAUUUUUUUUUCCCCUGGCUGAGCGGCAGAUAAGGGUGCGGCCGCUGCCCUGCUGCAGAGACGGCGGCGGCGGCGGAUGCAGCAAUGCUCCGUCUCCACUGGGGGUGAUUGCCUCCGAGUCCUGCUUGGCUGCCGGCUGCCACCGGACGCCGGCGGGAAGGAGAACACAGCCUCGUCCGCGGACCUUGCGGCCACACUGCCUGGCCCUUCCUCUGCGCCAUGGCUUAAGCCCGCAGCCACCUCGUCUCGCGUCGCCCCGUUCGGCCGGGGUCUGCGCUCCUCUGCAGCCUUAGGGAGGGGCGCGUCCCAGACGCCCUCCCCCGGGGACUUGGGGACGUCGCGUCUCUCACUCGCCCUUCGGCGCACGGAGCAGACUGCGCUCCCAAGACGUUUGCAGGAGGCUCCCGGAGGCGUUUGCUGCGGGUAAUCGAGAGACUACAGACUUUAUCUCAGUGAUAGCUUUGCCGGUCGGACCUUCCCGGGUGUUCUCUGAGGGUGGAGGGCGAGCUAACUCAGGCUACCAAGGAAAAAACGGUGGCAACCAGAUUGGCUGGUCGAAGGUCAGGGAACCAAAAUAAGAUUAGAGACUUGCUUUAGAACCACAGAAAGGAAGAGCGAGGGCCGGCUAGUAUCAUGGCGUGGCCGUGCAUUACGCGGGCCUGCUGCAUCGCCCGCUUCUGGAACCAGCUGGACAAGGCGGACAUCGCCGUGCCGCUGGUUUUCACCAAGUAUUCGGAGGCCACCGAGCACCCGAGCGCCCCGCCGCAGCCGCCACCGCCGCCGCAGCCGGCGCACGCACCCCCCUCGGCGCGGGCGGUCGCCAUAGAGACGCAGCCUGCCCAGGUCGAGUUGGAUGCAGUUGCCCGGGCAACAGGACCGGCGCCCGGGCCUGGCGGCGAACGCGAGGCGGUUGCAGCCUCCGGCCGGAGCGGACCCGGUCCGGGCCCAGCCUCCGGCUCCACUUCCAGCGCGGGCCCCGCGGACUCGGUGAUGCGUCAGGACUACCGCGCCUGGAAGGUGCAGCGACCCGAGCCGAGCUGCCGGCCACGCAGCGAGUACCAGCCUUCCGACGCGCCCUUCGAGCGCGAGACUCAGUACCAGAAAGACUUCCGCGCCUGGCCGCUGCCGCGCCGCGGGGACCACCCGUGGAUCCCCAAGCCCGUGCAGAUCCCCACGACCUCCCAGGCUUCGGCGCCUAUUCUCGGGGCGCCCAAGCGCCGGCCGCAGAGCCAGGAGCGCUGGCCUGCGCAGGCCGCCGCUGAGGCCCCGGAGCAGGAGGGGGCCCCGGGAGGAGCGGGUGGCCUCGCAGCUGGAAAGGCAUCCGGUGCCGACGAGCGCGACACGCGCAGAAAGGUCGGGCCCGCCUGGAUGGUGCGUCGCGCCGAGGGGCUGGGGCUCGAGCAGACGCCACUGCCCGCAGCCCAGGCGCAGGUCCAGGCCGCGGGGCCCGAGGGUAGUAAGGGGCGUGCAGCGGCGGACGCCCUCAACAGGCAAAUCCGCGAGGAGGUGGCGACAGCGGUGAGCAGCUCCUACAGGAAUGAAUUCAGAGCGUGGACGGACAUCAAGCCUGUGAAACCGAUAAAAGCCAAGCCCCAGUACAAACCCCCAGAUGAUAAGAUGGUUCAUGAAACCAGCUACAGCGCCCAAUUCAAAGGGGAGGCCAAUAAGCCAACACCAGCUGACAAUAAGGUCAUUGAUCGCAGAAGAGUACGCAGCCUCUACAGCGAACCUUUCAAGGAACCGCCAAAGGUGGAGAAACCUAGUAUUCAGAUUUCCAAACCAAAAAAGACAUCAGCGAGCCAUAAGCCCCCGAGAAAGGCCAAAGACAAGCAGGUGGUAUCAGGCCGGGCCUCCAAGAAAAAGAGUGCAGAGGGUCCCAGUGCCGCCCAACCCGACAGCAAGGAGCAAAGUAAAGAGAUGAACAAUAAACUGGCUGAGGCAAAAGAGAGCCAAGUCGAACCCACCAGUGAUUCACCUAAGAAUCAAGGUCCUGUAGCCACAGAGCCAGACAAGGAUCAAGGUUCCGUGGGCCCAGGGCCUCUGAAGGAUCCAGGCCCCAUGGUCCCAGAGCCUCUGAAGGAUCAAGCUCCUGUGGGCCCAGGGUCUCUGAAGGAUCUAGGUCCUGUAGUACCCACACCAGUUAAGGAUCAAGAUCACGUGGUCCCUGAGCCUUCAAAGAAUGAAGAUUCUGUGAUCUCAGCACCAGUCAGGGACGAAGUUUCCUUGGUCCCGGUGUCCCUAAAGAAUCAAAGUCCUACAGUUCCAGUCAGGGUUAAGAAUCAAGGUUCCAUAGUAUCAGAGCCUCCAAAGGAUCAAGGUUUCAUGGUUCCAGCACCUGUCAAGGAUCAAGUUCCCAUGGUCCCUGAGCCUGUGGUUCAAGGUCCUGUGGUUCCAGCACCUAUCAAGGAUCAAGGUCCUGUGGUCCCUGAGCCUAUGCAUCAAGGUCCUGUGGUUCCAGCACCUGUCAAGGAUCAAGGUCCUGUGGUCCCUGAGCCUGUGCAUCAAGAUCCUAUGAUCCCAGCACCUGUCAAGGAUCAAGGCCCUAUGGUCCCGAAGCAUCUGAAGGAUCAAAGUGCCAAGGUCAUAUCACCUGUACAGAAUGAAGGGCCUGUGAUCUCUGAGCCUGUAAGGAAUCAAGAGUUAGUGCUCCCAGAGCCAGUCAAGGAUCAAGGUGGAGUAGUCCCAGUGCUCCUGAAGGAUCAUGAUUCUGUGGUUCCAACACCUAUAAAGAAUGAAGGUCUUAUGGUCCCAGCACUAGUCAAGGAUCAAGACCCCAUGGUCCCUCCAAAGAAACAAGGUCCUGUGAUCUCUGAGCCUGUGAAGAAUCAAGUUCCUAUAAUUCCAGUGCCUCUGAAAGCUCAAGAUCCUCUGGUGCCACCACCAGCAAAGGACCAAGGUCCUGUGGUCCCCGAACCUCUGAAGACUCAAGGUCCCAAGGGUCUUCAGCUGCCCACUGUCCCACCUCCACCCCCAGUUAUGAUCCCAACUGUCCCCUAUGCAGAAUAUAUUGAGAGUUCCCCUUGACACUCACCCCUUGACAUGCCAAGGAAGGAGCUGGCAGUGAAAGUGCUCCCUUCCAGGGGCAGCAAAGACACAUAUAUAAUCUGCAUGAAACAUGUACUGUAUAGUCUUGCUGGAAUCCAAUAAAACUGGUCCCUCUUGCUCAGCCUUGUCUCUCUCUGGCUUCAUUUGAGUGUGUGUGUGUGUGUGUGUGUGUGUGUGUGUGUGUGUGUGUGUGUGUGGCACGUGUGUGUGCCAGGCACAUUUGAGAGUGGGCGUGCAAGACUCUAUUCAUUCAUCUGGGUCAGAUGAUCUGAGAAAUCCCCAGUUCCUGUGCGUUGACAGCAAGGGUUGGGAGUGGGUGGGAGCUGCUAGGAAACUGAGGAAA